AUGUCCGAGGAACCUCCCGUCGAUCCCCCCGCCGAGGCUCCCCCCGCCGAGGAACCCGCCCCCGCGGAGGAACCCGCGCCCGCGGAGGAACCCGCCCCCGCGGAGGAACCCGCUCCCGCGGAGGAACCCGCUCCCGCUGAAGAGCCCGCGCCCGCGGAGGAACCCGCGCCCGCUGAAGAGCCCGCGCCCGCUGAAGAGCCCGCGCCAGCAGAGCCCGCGCCCGAGCCCGAGGUCGCGCCCGAGCCCGAGCCCGAGGCUGCCCCCGCACCCGUUCCAGACGUCGUCGCGUCCCCCGCGAAGGGAGCCGGCAAACCCGUGAGGCAGUACCUGGACGACACGGUGGUGCCCGUGCUGCGCAAGGGACUGCGCGAGCUGGUAAAGCAGCGACCGGAGGACCCGUUCGAGUUCCUCGCGGAUUUCAUCAAGAGCAACAAGCCCAAGGCAUCCGAUUGA